CAAAUUAAACACAGUUUGAAUUAGAUCCAUUCAUUUCGAGACUGACUUUCAAAGCUGGAAAAAUGUUGAUGGUAAACGUUUGGAGUCUCGUAAUUUUGGCAGUUUUAAUAACUCCAGCGACGCUAUCCAGUGAUAUUUUGGGUAAGUUAAACAUGAUAUAAGAACGAGACGGUACUUAACAAGAAAUUUCUAAUCGAUCAAUUGCACUUUUAAAUGGCCAAACCUUACACGCAGACGCCAAUCAAUUUUGUUAAAAUAUAAUAAGGUUAACACCAACUAUCCCACUAUAGUUAAAAGUUUUUUUAAUAUUAAAAAAGUAAAUCAUUUUAGGGACAGUAAGUAUUUUUUUGUUCACUCUAACGCGGGUCAAAACUAAAACAAUUUAAAAAAGGUGCCAAUUUCUUACUCAAACGGUCAAACAACUCUAGUCUGAAUGACUGCAGUACAGAGAUUUACAAACAUGGUGUCCUGAAUGUAUGUAAGAAUAUUCCUACAACUGGUAUAAGCAAAGGGUUUAUUUAUUUAGCUUUCUCUAGGUUUUCACCAUUAUACAGUUAUUUCGUGAAAAAAAUUUAGGUUCCAUUUCAUCUGCGAAUGAAAUAAAGAAAGAAGCCUACAGUAUUCAAAAUUCUUUGGCGCCCAGAAAAUAGCAUUCCAAGCGAAAACGAGCAUUCAGGAAUCGGUCAAAAAAUUUUGUUUUAACUACAAAUUGAAGUUUGUUCCCCAAAACUCAUAUAUUAGGAUACACUACUGGUAAACUGACUUAUUGGCAUGGUUCAUAGUUUUUAGUUAUGUUUUCAUAACAACCCCAACACAAAUUUUAAUUCAAUAAAAAUAAUACAUUGAUGCAAAGUAGAAACGCUUCUUAAAAGAAAGACCAGUUGUGCGAAGAAUUUGAACGAUAGUUAAACACGCCGGUAAGUCAGGACAUCAUAGGCAACUUGUGGAAGAACAUGAUACCCUUCCCACAUGCAAAAGCAACUUGUCUGAGCAUCGAGCGACGCUUUCCUUGCCAUAAGUAAAAUACUAUUAAGCUUGCUGCAUUUAGAAACGUUCUUUCAUUUCUUAUCUGGUUCUAUGCUAAUGGUAAAUGUUUGGCUCUUAGUAAUUAUUGUAGUUCUUGCACCUUUAAGACAGCAUUAUAGUAAGUUACCGGUUGUAAGAGACACUGGUAAUUCACCAUUAAAACUCUGAAAAGACAUUUUACUUCGUGACUAGUUGGAGCAGUCUCACGCACUUGUUAAUCAUUUUGUUUUGCUCAGAGUAUCCCUUUAAUUAAACGCAAAUAUUCCGUCGGCUGUCCGCUUCAGUGAUACAAAGAAGUUGGAACAGCCAGGAGUAGUGAAAGAAAUUACCCAUAACACUUUUUCCUUUCUCAAAUUUCCGUUUAUUUAGAGUGCAAAUAUUAUCUAAAAGAAACUGAUUUCUUUAAAACAAGAAAUUUUAAAAGACACCCCGAACCUGAAAAGAUAAUGUAAUCUUAAUGUCUACAAGGAUUCAUGCGCGAACAUAAAAUGUUAGUGUUAACUGCUUGCCACGGUUUCCACUUUGAACAAAUUCGAUAUCUUAAAACGCUUUCAAUACUACAUUUUACGUAAAUCUAUUGUGUCAAAUGUUGCGACAAAAGGGUAAAAAGUAUACACAGGAUGUCUGUUCACAUUUAAGAAAAAUAUUAGAUUAAAAAUUAUAUUAUGUUCACAACUGGUCGGAGAAGACUUUUCAACUGAUUGUCAUUAAUUCGGAUGCAAAUACUAUCCAAGAGGGUUUGUUCAGCCCUUUUGUUUAAAAGUCCAAAAAAUAUAGGAAGGUUUUGGUGACGGCAAUAUCAGUAAUUCCGUUAGUUUGAUCAAAGGUCUUCAACAAGAAAUGGUUUCUUUUGCCAAAGAACUGAUUUGAUUCUUCUAUGCGAGGUUUCGUUCAAUGAGGUUUUUGAUAUUCAAGAAGGAAGGUUUCCGUUGCAGAAUACUGAAGACACCCAAACCUAAACAUCAGUCAUCCAGCAAAAGCAGAAAGUGCUUUUUAGAUCAUAUAAUUUUAGACUUGUUCAGUACAAGACAAAGAAUCCUUUCUGAAACCUUUCUCACUGUAAAUUUAGCGGGGAAGUUUAAUACAUGUUUAAACACCUACUAUUUCUUUUACAACUUCAGUGGAAUUCAGUGCACUAAAAAUAACGAAUUCUGUUCCGUAAAAGGAGGAAAAAGUUUCUGAUAAAUUAACAGGAAAUUUCACAUUAUUUACUCACCUUAAUAAAAAAUUUUAAUGAGCUAUAGUUGACCUGCUGGAGAUUACUUAACGUUUGUUGAAGAAUUCUUUACGUCCCUUUGAUUUGCUUGAGCGAGUUUCAAAUUGAAGCUUUUAAGUAAGAACAAAGGAAAUUCGUGGGAGAACUUGAUACCCUUGUCUAAAAGCAAAUUCCAAACAUGUUAGUUUAUAAGAAAUCUAUGUGAGAGACGUAAUUUUUAGUCUUCAUUCAUCAAAGUAAACGCAGUGUGGACUCGAUCCAUCCAUUUCGAGGCUGAAGAUCAGUAAUUUUUAGUCUUCCCUCAUCAAAUUAAACACAGUUUGGAUCCGAGCCAUCCAUUUCGAGACUGACUUUCAAAGCUGGAAAAAUGUUGAUGGUAAACGUUUGGCCUUUCGCCAUAAUUUUGGCAACUCAAAUAGCUCCGGUGACGCUAUCCAGUGAUAUUUUGGGUAAGUUAUACAUGAUAUAAGAAAAAGAUGGAACUUAAAAAGAAAAUUCUAAUCGAUCAAUUGCACUUUUAAAUGGCCAAACGUUAUACGCAGACGCCAAUCAAUUUUGUCAAAUAUUGUCUUGAAACUUUGACAGAAAUUUCGAGCUCAUAAUCUAAUUGUUAAUUGUUAAGUAUAGUGAUGCGGCUCUGUAAAUACUGCAAGUAUUUAUUAGAAAUAUUGACUUUCCAUGUUUUCUUUUUUUCUUUUUAUGUCUUAAGCUUGGGAACUCUUGAUCAAAUAAUUUUGAAAAGGUAAAUGAAAAGUAAAACGUUUUAUCGACAGUAAGUAACUUUUUUGUUUACUUGGUUCAAAACCAAAACAAUUUAAAAAGGUGCUACUUCGUCUGGGACGAAUUGGCUGUCUCUGAAUCUGUUUUAACUUUACAAAAUCGAUAAAAAAAGCGUAAUUUGUACUGUUAAAUUAUUUAUGUUGAAAGCAUUAUUUUAUUUGGCGCAAUUUUUGCUAUCAAUUUAUCUUCUCGAUUCCAAACUAACUGAUCUUUGUUCUGUUAAUCAUCGUUUCUUCCCUCAAGCUGACACUCCCAACCUACAGGAUUGUAGUGAUAUUUUUCACCUAAAUUGAGAGGAACGCAUUUAAAUUGAUCACGAUUUAAGUUGUUAUGUCAUUUGAUUAUUUUGAAUGAUUGAAGCUUUUGCACUCAAGGCUGUUAACCUAAAUGAAUGGUAGCUUGUGGUAGAACAUGACACCCGUGACAAAGAGCAAAUUUUAAGGCGGGUAGGUAAUCUACGAGUGAUUUCAUGUGCUACUCAAGCACUUUAUUUCUUUGGUCGAGUUCUUAGAAUCUUUAGACUCGUUCUGGUACGCCUCUCACAAUCUUGGUGGUACAGAUAUAUGUUUUCGCUCCUAUAGCAGCCUUGAUAGUUCCCCCCUAUCCUCGAGUCAAGUAUCUGGUAAGUGCUUUUUACUGAGAAAUCACAUUUUAUCGAAUGAUAGUAGGGCAUGAUUAUGUUUAAUUAAGUCUUUACUAAAACGGAGUGAUUAUCCGAGAGAGGUGAUUAUUUCAAGCAAAUUAUAGUGUGAGUAUUCGAAGGGAGGGAUUAUUCAAAGGACAGCGCUAUAUUAUUCGUAUAAAUCAAAUAUUCAGUACGAUAAACCUGGAGUGAUGACCCUUCUUAAUAGUUUUGCGUUACUAUUCCACUUCUUUGCUAAAGGGACCUCUUACAAAAGUGAAACAACAAAAAAAUCAAAUUUUGUUUUUAAAGAAUGCAACUUUCAUAUUCAAUUCACAGGCUUAAAAGUUUAUACCGCGCUGUGCAGAAUAACAAACAUCACCACAGGAAAAUAUUACCCAAAGUAGCUCAGUUCCAUUUGAAUGGUCAACUUUUUCCAUUUCAUUCAUUUUUUCAUUUGAACGGUCACACGUUUUUCAAAGUGCCGUGAUCGAGCUUCUCGGCCUAUUGUUAUCAAUUAUAAAAGCAUUGAAGUCCUCCCGCACGCCAAAUUACUUGGCCUGACCAUCUCUAACGAUCUCAAAUGGAAUAAACAUGUUUCUGAAGUAGUCAGGAAGACAGCUUUAAUUAAGGCUUUACUCGUUAAGGCAGCUGAAGCGCACAAACGCAGAUCCCGUUUAGCUUUAUUAUAUGUUUCUACGACACCUGUAUCCGUCCGGUGAAGGAAUACACUUAAUUGUCAAGUUGUCCAUAACGGAUAUCCACUUUACUUGUCAGAUGAAUAAGAGAGAAUCCAAAGGCACGCACUACGAAUAAUUUAGCCAGACUUGAGGUAUAUAGAGGCUCUGCAGAAAGCGAGCCUCGCCACCCUUUACGCAAGAAGGCAAGAGUUAACAGAGCGCCUAUUUAAUGAGGUUAUGGAAAAUAGUGUCCAUGGAUUUCAUAGCCUAUUGCCUGUGCGUAAUAGCUGCCCUAGAUUAUUAAGACGCACACGUAUGUUCUCCAUGCCAGUGUGUAAGACGAACAGAUUCCAAAUCACCCUUCGAAUGGUCAAAUUUUUUUCAUUUCCAUCCACAAACUGUAAAAGCAAACAACCUUGCACAUAAUAACCGAAACUGCGUGACAUGAAAAUACUUUCAUGUGAUCAUAGAACAGAUUUCUUACCACUGAAGGAAUCACCGCACACAACGGUAACACAGAAAAGUGCUGUUCUGUAACAUUACUUUAAUUGGUACAGAUGUAUUGGGAUAUUUUAAGUCUGGUCAAUAAAUGAGAAUAAUGUAUUAUUCAGUAGUGACACAGGCACAGUGGGAAAAAAAUCCGAGUCUCCUGUAGCUCAGUGGUAGAGCAUCCGAACUAGUAAUCGGAAGGUCUUAGGUUUGACUCCUGGUAGGAGCACUCGGAUUUCCUUUUACCGAGUAUGCCUGUGUCACUUACGGAAUAAAUACAUCAUUCUCCUUACUUUUAUUAUUUUCUCAACGGUUUUAAUUUUAACUGCCCAGUAGCAUUCAACACACACUUGAGUAGUUAAGUAUAAAAUAUCAGCCUCUCCUCACCCUAACCCCUUGGGGCGUUUGGCUUAGGGAAAGACGGCAGAGACCGUCGCGGGUUAACAGCUAGUUUAAGUGCAAGGUAUUUCAAAUUUCCUCCUCCUGCUCCUGUAAAUAUCCACCGGACAGUACGUUCUAUCCACGGUAAUUGAGCUAGCAAAAGUAGACGCUUUGAAUUUCCUUCCUUGGUUGAACUUUUACCAGUUAACUCUUUGACUUUGCUUUCAUUUGUUAAAAGAAUCUCGCAGUAAAUGGACGAGGACUCACCGCUGGCUGCGGAGCACGUCUCCUCCCCCAUUUUUCGCAGGGGACAAGCGACCUGAAGGCCUUCCGGAUAUCAGCCAUGGAACAGAAAUUGAACAGAAGCUACCAGACGAUCUUCCGAACACUCCGCCUUAUUUUGUUUCACUCUUUGAUGCAACAUGGAAUAUUCCUUUUUACUCAGCGUACAAGGUAACCCCUUCCCAAGCGGUAGGCAUUGGGACACACGGAAGGGAAGAUUCUAAGUGGAGAAACCCUAAAGACGCUAGAGGACAAGGUAUAUUGGUAUCUUUCAACACGUUUAUUCUCUUUCUUCUCCAGCGUUAGACGGCUCAUUAACACUAACAUUAUCGAUGUAUCUCCAGGUAUUCCUGUGAAUGCUGCUUACAGUGAAGCUAUCAAUACGGACACGCAACCACUGAGCAGAGGUCAUAUGAAUCCCUCAGGGAUAAAUUCGUUCGACGAAAAUUUCAUGAAAGCUACAUUCACUCUUACCAAUGCAGCACCCCAGUUCGAAACUUCUAAUAGCGGACCCUGGAACACAUUUGAAAAGCGAAUAAGGGAAUAUGCUAAAGGUACUUGUGGUGCGAGCAGCCGUAGUGGAACGCUCUAUCUUCUGACAGGAACGUCUAAUUUCGGCCUCCGACCUGGUCCCGGUGGUGGAAAACCUGUCCAAGAUACCACCAUACCGUUACCAUACACAAGAACUGAUUUUCCUAGAGGAGUUAAACUUUUCACACCUCGUGCUGUGUGGACAGCGGGUUCUUGAGUAUGGAAAGAACCAGGCAAAAAGGCAGAGUCGUUUGCUGUCAUGAGCAACAAUCAACGGGAUCGUAGCUUGCUGCACCAGACGGAAAUGAGUGUCACUGAUCUGGAGGCGCUUCUUACUAAACCAGGAUCUCCAGGGGUGAAUUUAUUCCCGGGAGAUGCAAACUGCAGGAACAAAAAUGUCAUACUACCGUCAUAAUUGGCCGAGCAUAGAUAAAGGCAAUCUCAGGAGUUAUUUCAAUUAAGUUUUAGUACGUAACGCUUUUAGAAAAGUAGAAAGACGGCAUGUAGUGUAUUUUAUAGAACUGCUAAGAAAAAUGGAGCAAGGUGUUUGAAGAAGAGAGAAUAUAGCCACAUAUGCAUGUGACGUUGUGAAUGUUGGAGGCUAAGACAGGGAAACAAAGAAGACGAAUAUUACGACGACACGUUAUAAGCCUAC